AUGGCUUUCCCCCGAUCGAUUCUGAACGUCCUGUGCAGCCUCCUGGUGCUCAUCGGUGCCGUUGACGCCCUCAAGCUCGACGUGACGGCUCACACAGGUCGCGAGACGCAGAAGAAGGAGCGCUGCGUGCGAAACUUUGUCGCCAAGGAUACUCUCGUCGUCGUCACAGCCAUUGUUAGCGGUACCAAGGGUGACGGCAUGAUGGUCAACAUUCACAUUCGCGAUGCCGAGGGCAACGAGUACGGUCGUCCGAGGGACGUUAUUGGCGAGUCGAGGACCGUCUUCACCUCGCACUCUGAUGCUGCCUUUGAUGUCUGCUUCGAGAACGUCUCUACUGGACCCAAGCGUCCCAACCCCUCCACCCGCUCCAUCGAACUCGACGUCGACAUUGGCGCAGACGCCAAGGACUGGGCCGCCAUCCAGGCCACCGAGAAGCUCAAGCCCGUCGAGGCCGACCUCCGCCGCAUCGAGGAGCUCACGGGCGAGGUCGUCCGCGAGAUGGAGUACCUCCGCAGCCGAGAGCAGAAGCUCCGCGACACGAACGAGAGCACCAACACGCGCGUCAAGUGGUUCGGCAUCGGCACCACCUGGCUCCUCGUCGGUCUCUGGGCCUGGCAGAUCAUGUACCUGCGCGCCUACUUCCGCUCCAAGCAUCUGAUCUAA